CGGCGCUCGGGGCGGCGGGGCCCGGCCAUGACCCUGCGGCGGCUGCGGCGGCUCCGGCCGAAGGAGGAGGAUGCGGCGGCGGCGGCGGCGGCCCCGGAGCGCCCCGGCCCCGCCGACGUGUACCGGGCGCUGGCGGCCGCCGGCGGUACCCUGCCCCGGGUGCGGAAGGGCGCGGGGUUCAGGUGGGCAUCCCCGAGCCAGUCCCCGGAGGAGCACAGGAGGGUGGUGACGCUGGAGAAGAAGGCAGAAGAGACCUUCGGCUUCGAGAUCCAGACCUAUGGGCUGCACCACCAGGACAGGAACAGCGUGGAGAUGUUCACCUUCGUGUGCCGGGUGCAUGGUGGGAGCCCGGCCGAGGCGGCGGGACUUAAGGCCGGGGACACUAUCACAGGGGUGAACGGGUUGAACGUGGAGGGUGUCCGGCACCGUGAGAUCGUGGAGAUCAUCAAGAACUCGGGAAACAUGCUCCGCCUUGAUACCCUCUAUGGGACGUCCAUCCGGAGGGCUGAGCUGGAGGCCCGGCUGCAGUACCUGAAGCAAACACUCUAUGAGAAGUGGGGGGAGUACCGCUCGCUGAUGGUGCAGGAGCAGCGGCUGGUGCGCGGUGUGGUGGCCAAGGACCCCAGCAUCUACGACACACUGGAGUCGAUCCGCUGGUGCCUGCAGGGUGAGGGGGGGCUGCCUGGAGGCUCCCCCCAGGCCAGCGCCUGCGGCAGCGACGACUCCCUCUACCAGACCUGCCUCUUCGCCUCCACUGACUCGCUGGAUGGGGACAAGGAUGGGAACAAAGAUGGGGACAGUGGGGGUCCCGCGCCCCCUCCGCCGCGACCCCGGACAGCCCUGGCCCGCAGCGCCAGCCUCAAGUGCAGCGGGGGGCCGGGGGCUGCAGGGCGGCUGUGGGCCCGGGCCGGGGACCCCGGGGAGGGGGCGGCCGCCCCCCGCAAGGGCCGGCACAGCAGCUUCCGCCGGCGGCUUCUCAAGUUCAUCCCAGGACUGAACCGGGCGCUAGAGGAGGAGGAGAGCCACCUCUAGCCAGGGGCACCACCGCCCCCCCCCACGCCUAUUUAUUUAUUUAUUGCAAUGGGCUGCGCACCCCCAACGCACAGCUCCCUGGGGGCCACUGGAAGGAGCUCGGGGCCAGCCCUGGGGGUCCCAGCUUGGCCCCUCCAGGCUGUGGGGGUCGCAGCACCGAAGGACAGACAUGGGGACCCUCCCCAAGGUGGCUUGUGAAGCCCCUACUCAUCUCAGGAAUAGGUGCCCUCCUCGCUGGGGGGCACAGGGAGGGGUCCCUGCAUCCCCCCUGGCUCGGGGUGCCACGGGGGUCCUGCCUUCCACUGCCCAGGGGGCUUUUGUACUGUGCCGGCGUGCUCAGUGCUCGCCAAUACAGAGACUUUUUGCA